AGCAAACGAAAGCGAACGUGUAAAAAACAACUUUUGUGACAAUCCCAAAAUAGCUAAACUUUUGCGGAUACGAAUAUACUUUUUUUUUUUUUUAUAAAUUUAAACAAUAUUAAACAAACAAAAAACGCAAGAAAAUGUGCUAACUGUGGUGUGCUUAAAAAUGGAAACAUAUAGAAAGUAACUCUACAGAGUUGUGAUGGUGUUAUUUUUUUGUCCAUUGCCAAAUGUUUAUCGUUGUUGUUGUUGAACGUAAUUAAUUCUUCCAUGGUCAUUCAUAUAGCAUUCUACGUUUUAUCUUUUCUGCAAUAUAUGUACAUGAUCGUAUAUUAUUCAACAUAUUUUGUUUAAUGACAAAGGUGUUGGUGCGGUUGGUGAACGAAAGUGUAAUAACAAAUUGUGAAUAGCGACAAACAAAGUAUAAAGACGACGGCUGCUCCGUUUGAAAGUGCAUAAUAUAAUUUAUUACCAUUAGUUAUUGUAAAAAGACUCGCUAGCAUAGCUUAUUGGCGAAGCAGUUAUUAGUUUCUCGCAGAAACAAAGAUAAGCCACUCCCUACACGACUUGAAGAUUUGUGUAAUGUGGCACAGCUGAAAAGAUGGAUCCACAAAAAAUUACUGAAUUGGCAAGAUUACUACGUAGAAAUGGUGAUAAAAUAUUAAGUUCAGAGUUUUCUUUAACGCUAUCGGGUUCACUGCUACGCGCGUUAAAUGACUCAUUUACGCUUAUCACAGAUGGUGCUGUUGAAAUCGGAACUUCGACGCAGACUUUCCAAGUCGCAAAGCCAGUGAAUUCACGUUCACCUGUUUUCAUUGAUUUACAGCUUAUCUAUGAUUUUGUACAAAAGGCACCACUACUAUGUAUCGUACAAUACCCCACAGAUGAGUACUUUGACGGUACUAUUGACAUAAGUAAAUUCCGUGCAUUACGUAGAUUAGAGUUGCAAAAGACAAAUGUGCGACAAGUGGUUGGUAUACAACGACUGCGUGCGCAACUGCAACAGCUUAUUUGUGUGAAGAGCCUCACUGGCGUUGAGGAUGUGAUAACACGCUGUGGUGGUGACAAUUCCAAUGGAUUUGUUUGGAAUGAGCUGAAAAUUGCUGACUUCAGCUAUAAUAAUUUACAACGUAUUGAUAACGCCUUAGAAUUUGCGCAAUUUCUACAACAUCUUAAUCUGCGACACAAUAAACUGCGCAGCGUGGAGGCCAUUAAGUGGUUGCCCCAUUUAAAAACUCUCGAUUUAAGCUAUAAUUGCCUGCAAUGUGUGCCACAAUUCCAUAUGGAGGCCUACAAACGACUGCAAACAUUGAAUAUGAGCAAUAAUUUCGUUGAGGAUCUCAUGGGCAUUGCUAAAUUAGAUGCGCUUACAGAUCUAGAUCUCUCCGAUAAUUGUCUGCUAGAUCAUACCUGUUUGUUACCGCUAAGCGCGCUCAUUACACUCAACUAUCUCAAUCUUUAUGGUAAUCCGCUUUGCUGUCAUCCCAAACAUCGACUAGCCACUGCACAAUUUCUACACAAAAACACGGCAACUGUGAAAUUCCUGCUUGAUUUGGAACCACUUUCGAAGAGCGAAAAAUCUGUAACCGGUAGCCAACAACUGCGACAUGUGGGCGCACUCAAUCGUUAUGCACAACGUUCAUCUUCUACUUCCAUCAAUAGCAGUCGCGUGCCAUCUUCAACGCAAACGCCCUCCUCCAGUGUGGGCUCAUUGCGUUCGUUUAAAUUCAACGAUAACACAUCGCAGCCAAUAGAUGCCGUGAAAGCAGUUGAAGGCACUACUGGCAUACGUAAAUCAGCGUCUAAGGUACGUACCGUCGAUAUAAUGGAAGAUGAGGAUACAACAACACAUACACCUGACGAGCGUGACGAAGCUGUAUUAGCCGAAAAACUGAAACCUAUAAAGGUAACGCCAGAAAGAGAGCACAUAUCCGAACAAGAUACACAGCACUUGGAGGCAAAGAAGCAAAUUGAAACGUUGCGUGAAAAGUAUGGUGCCAAUUGGCUGCAAUCCGGCAAUGCCGAAAUGUUGCAAAGUGUUUUGGGCACUGAAAGCGCAAACGACAUGCCCGUUGGCACACCAACGACAGCGAAUUCGUCUAGAAAAAUGCUCGAUGACUUUUUGGGUGAACUUUCAGAAUCAGCACUAGCGGCUGCAAACUCCACUCAAUUACAGAAUACUAGCAAUGAAACGUUUAACUAUAAAUUGAAUUCAUCAACACCGGUGAGUGAUAGUUAUUUGGGCGGUGAAGUGUCUAAAUUGGAAGUUCUUCCAUCGCCAAUCCAAUCGAGUGCUGCACGUGACAAUAGGGAUGCAACUUUAUAUCAAAGCAUGAAUAGUACUAAUGGUAAUCAAACGCUUUAUAAAUCGGCUGACUCGGAGCUUGCAUUAAUGCGAACGGCAGCAGACUCUUCAAACUCUGCCAUCGAAGAGGCAAACACAAGUGAUGCUGAUGUGGAUAAGUUGGAGGAGAAUGAUGAUGACGAGCCAGCACAUUUAAAAAAUGUCUACUCAAAUGCAGGCGAUGAAGAGUCGGAAGCGUCGGAGGCCGAAGAUGACGAAGAAACCUACAUUGUUUACACAAUGCCACGCAAUGAGGCCGUUUUUCUAACCAUAUCAGAAAAUUAUCUGCGCAUACGUGAUACAUUAACGCAAAAAACCAUAACAAAAUGGAGCUUGCAAAUUUUAGAAUCCUGUGAUCGAAUUAAAUCAAAUACGAUACGCAUCAACUUUGAUACAAUCAGAGCGGAUAAAAGAGAACGUAUCUAUACUGUUGAGGAUGGUUUAUGUCAGGAACUUGAACGCAAAUUACGCGACAUACUUUCCCAGCGUGACCUCACCGAAAUGAACCAAACUGUGUAUCGUUGUGUGAAUUGUACCUGUCAGUUUGCAGUUGAAACUAAAUAUAAGUCACAUCAUCAGGACAUACAUUGCCCCGACUGUAAGAGCAGCUUUGUCGCCGAAAUACAUGACAUACCCAAACCGAAAAUGGAUUUAGUCGCGGAAAAACUCUCACCUGCCGCAAUAGUUGAGGAGACAACACCUUUAAGCACAAACACACCGCCAACUUCAAGAGCGUUGACGAAGCUGCAAUAUAGCGGUGCCUCGCUGGCUACUAUUACUACUGCUGCUAGUAAUGAAAAUGAUACAAAUAGUAUUGUUAAAGGAUCAGCCAGGCCAAUCACAAAUAACUUACCAAAAUAUAGGAUACCACUGCAAGGGCUAAAAAGUUCCGCUAAUUCACUUAACGAAUCCUCGUCCUGCUCAAAAAUUACAAAUUCACAAAACUCCUACGAUUCUAAUCAAUCGGUUGUGGGCAGCUCCAAUACGGCACGUCAACAGGAGUUUAACGGUGAAAGCAGUGACGUGGACAUAAUUUCGAACCCCAGUCAAUCGAGCAUAGAAGUGCUGGAUCAACACACAAGCCGUAAAACAUCCGAGGAACGACACUUUGAGCAACACAUGCCGCCAAUCGAUCCAAUCUAUGAUCUGAGUUACACACAAAGUUUCAUAGAACGCGAAUUUGGUAGUGCCGCUAGAGCUGCGGCAUUGGAAACGCAAGCGUUUGUUGAAGAGAGUAAGAAAAGCGCCGCAAAGGAGGCGGCCGUAAAAACAAAUACACCAGUAACGGCAGCAAAUAGCGCAGCAACAAUAACUGUUGCACCUGCAAAUGUGCAGCUCAUCGAAAGCAGCUCAUCCGGUUCGGUUACGGAUAGCGUUUGCACUGCUUAUGAACAAAGACAGCAACAAGAGGAGGAACUCUUACCCGCAACACACUCCUACGAUGAGCUACUCUCGAGGAGUGCGGAACAGGCAAUACUGCGCAACUUGUUGGCAGCUGAAAGUCUGGCUUCACACACACCGGCGGUAACUGAAGUUAAAGCUAAGUCAGCAAAUGGUACGGCCAAUGGUAAGCCGUUGCCGAAAAAAGAUGAUGGCGGCGUGGUAUCGUCAAUGUUUGGUGCUCUUGUACAAACCACAAACAAUCUUAUGUCCAGCUCAAGAAAAUCCCAUACGCAAACUAAUCAAAAUCAAGCAGUUGGUGAUAAUAACUGUCAGCCUUAUAAAUAUAAUUACACGGAUUUCAACGAUGUGGAUCAUCGCUUGAAAUUAUACUUUUUCCAAACUAAAUUCGAUGAGAACGAGCAAUUCAAGUGGCUGGCACGUGGACGCAUCUUUAAUGAGCAAACCAAAACGCUUAGCGCCGGCAUCGUUGUAAUGUCCACAUGCAAGUGCUAUUUGAUGGAGGCUUUUGCGGCCGAAAAUGAAGACGUUAGCAAGUGGCUGCGUUUAGUGGUGAGCGUUACGGCAGAUCGACUGGAGAGCAUACAAUUGUUGCCCUGGAAAAUAGGACUGGUAUUUACUUUGCGCGAUUGGGGUAAUUUUCUGCUGUUGCUACAGGAUAUACUACGUACCGAUAGUCUGUUGCUAUACUUUGCAAAUAACGCCUUGCCCUCACAGUGUGAGCUGCAAUACCAACCAUCGGCUGUGUUAGUGCAGCGUCUCAAUACCGUUGUCGGUGAUGAGCAACUGAAAAUGUGCGCUUUACUCAACGCUUGUGUUGUGACGUGUGGUCAAGCAAAGCGUAGCUUAAACAAUUGCACACUUCUAGCCACAGACACACGUCUUUGUAUUAGCACAAGUAAAUGUGAUUGGCUCUCUACCACAGUGGUUGACUCAGAAAUCGAAAUAUGUCUAACCCAAUUAAUGUCAAAUCUGGUCGAGGUGGAGCACGUUGACGCUAAUACUUUCGUAAUCAAUUACCUAGACGAAACUCAGGAUCUGAGUGAAAUAUGGCAGUGCACUUUUGAGACACCGGAAAAUGCAAGUAGCUGUCUGAAUGCUAUAUCGCAUUCGUGGGAGCAACUGUUCGGCGUGUCGCUUUUAAGUACCACAUGAAAACUACUAAAGUAAAAUUAUAGACAAACAGACCCAUAUAUUAAAUAUAUAGACAAAUAAAUUUUUUACUAAUACGAAUUGAACGCUGGGUGCAGCAACAAGCUAUAAUAUCGACUAAGGUGUUAGACAACUAGAUACAAACAUAGUUGAAGCCAUAUACUAUUACAUACAUAUAUUUUAAGGAAUUUAUUAAAACAAAACUAUUUUUAACGAAUUGAUAGAAGUUUAUACAUACCUACAUACAAUGCAAAUAACUUUAUAUAAAUGUAUGUUUAAUUGUUUAACGUUAGUUCUUGAUAUGUGCAUAUAUACAUUUAUACUAACCUUUUAUCUACCCAAUCAAUUAAUGUGAAAUUAAAAAAAAAAAAAGUUUAUGUAUAUUUUACCAUUGUUUGACUUAUGUUUAAUUCC